AGCACUACGCGUCGGCUGCAUGGAUUGAGCGGCUUCGGCGUGACAAAACGGUCGAAGAAACGCACGCCGGGCAAACCGAGUCGUGACGGGCUCGUCUUAUUUUCAUAUUUUAUAUUGAACCACUGCUGUCACCAUGCUCCUUUAUGAAUAUGUCACCCAAGAGCAGCUGUCUGGUUUUGAUAAGUACAAGUACAGUGCCGUUGACACCAAUCCGCUGUCCGUAUAUGUCAUGCACCCGUUUUGGAACACUGUUGUGAAGAUUUUACCCACAUGGCUCGCUCCCAAUCUCAUCACGUUCACUGGCUUCAUGUUCCUCGUCCUGAACUUUGUAAUGUUGGCUCUCUUCGAUUUCGACUUCUAUGCCUCAGUACAAGGUAAAACACACGUGCCAGGCUGGGUGUGGGUUGCAGCUGGCGUCUUCAACUUCACGGCGUAUACACUGGACGGUGUUGACGGGAAACAGGCUCGCCGCACCAACUCCAGCACGCCACUAGGGGAGCUGUUUGACCAUGGCCUGGACAGCUGGGCCUGCAUUUUCUUUGUUGUCACCGUGUACUCCAUCUUCGGCCGCGGAGAGACCGGCGUCGAUGUGUCCACGCUCUACUACAUCCUGUGGUCCGUGCUCUUCUCCUUCAUCCUCUCCCACUGGGAGAAGUACAACACCGGUGUGCUUUUCCUGCCGUGGGGCUACGACAUCAGCCAAGUGACCAUCUCUGUUGUUUACAUUAUAACGGCUGUCGUGGGUGUGGAAGCGUGGUAUAAACCCAUACUGUGGAACUUCCAUUACAGGGACCUGUUCACUGUGAUGAUUCUGGGCUGUGCGUUCACAGUGACCCUUCCCAUGAGUCUCUACAAUGUCUUGAAGGCGUACCGCAGAGGCUCCCUGAAACACGGCUCCCUGUACGAGGCCUUCCUGCCCUUCCUGUCCCCAGUGCUGCUCUUCAUCCUUUCCUCGCUGUGGGUUCACCUCUCCCCCAGUGAUAUUCUGCAGAAGCAGCCGCGCAUCUUCUACCUCAUGGUGGGCACAGCCUUUGCCAAUGUCACUUGCAAGCUGAUCGUGUGCCAGAUGAGCAACACACGCUGUCAACCCUUCAGCUGGCUGCUUCUGCCCAUGGCUCUGCUGGUGCUGCUGGUGAACUCAGGUCUGGUGCAGCACAGUGAGACAGCGGUGCUCUACACCUGGACCGCAGUGGUGCUGCUGGCUCAUGUCCACUACGGGGUCUCUGUGGUGCAGCAAUUGAGCGCUCACUUCAGCAUCUUUGCCUUCUCACUGAAGAGGCCCAGUUCAGACUGACUAGAGGAGGAGAAAGUCGGUCUGCAGGCGGCGGAGGUGUAGGCCGCCCGUGGUCCACUGGCACGUCGCGCAGCGCGCAUCACGCUCACUGGGUGCUGUCCCUGCUCCAGUCCACAAUGGGCAGCUCCCCCCCGGGGCCAACCUUACCCCACCCCACCCCACCCCACCCUCUGAACCUGGGACACAUCAGGUUGGGACUUUCAGCUCAUUUCAUUGUUUUUUUUUCACUAAAGCAAUGAAGUUUGCUUGUUUCCUAAGGAAAUGUGCUUCUGCUAAGUAAGGAUGCACAGGCCAGCCUAUUUAAUCACACUACUUCAAAAGUCAAGGAAAAAAGGCACAUUUUGUAUAUGUAUACUGCUGUCUUACGAAUGUACUGCAUGUUGCCUUGAAGGAAUAUCACAUUUUAGUUUUUUUUUUUUUUUUUUUUUUGAAUUGGCCUACAGCUCUCACAGGAACCUUCCCAACUGUAGCUCAUACACUUACUGUUGGGCUUUUCUCAGGUGAUCAGAGUACGCUCAGACAUAUUGUUCACUUCGCAGCUCACCAAGUUAAUAUAGUACCUGGACCUUAUACUGUAUAGCACCUGCUUCUCUUCAGUCUUUUCUCGGCAAACAUAUUUUACAUGUACAGAACAGGUCGUGCUCUUGGAAGAAUCCUUAAAUUCCAUCACAUGUUGAACUUGAAGUCCGAUAGUAUGCAAUGUCGUUUUGGCUACUAUAAACUAUUAUCAAUACCAGGUAAAUUGUCUUUAAAUCUGAAGGCCAAGUUCAAAGCCAGCUUGCUUCUUUCUACUCAGUAGUACUUGGGGAGGAGCAAGGGAUGUGAGAUUCUGUGACUUAUGUAACUCACAAUGUUUUCAGUCAGAAGUCCAAAAUUACCGGUGAUGAUGUGUCUGCAUGCCGAUAUUGUUUUCUUGUUUU